CGUAAAUCAUCACAUGGAGACAUCAUGGACUGCUCUGACUUGGUUCGCUGCAGAUUAUCAUAGUUUUAGUAGUGACAUUAGGCAGACUGUGAGCAGUUAUUGAUCUGCAUUUUAAUCCUCGCUGUGUGAAAACAGGAAACCGUUUGUGAGAGUGAGUUUGGCGGCACCUGACAGCUCAGUGCGGCUAUUUCACCACAGCAGCUCUGUGUGUGUCUGUGUGUGUGUUUAUGUUCCUGUGCUAGUGAGUACCUGCUCACAGUGUCCAGCCUACAUCAUGUUCGUGUUGGUGGAGAUGGUCGACACUGUCAGGAUCCCUCCGUGGGACUUCCAUAGACAACUCAACGACGCCAUAGCUGAGGAGCUCAACAAGAAGCUGGCAAACAAGGUGGUCUAUAACGUUGGCCUGUGCAUCUGUUUGUAUGACAUCACUAAACUGGAGGACUCCUACAUAUUCCCGGGGGACGGAGCCUCACACACCAAAGUUCAUUUCAGGUACGUUGUUUUUCAUCCUUUCCUCGACGAGAUCCUGCUCGGCAAGAUCAAGUACUGCAGUCAAGAGGGAGUUCAUGUGACGAUGGGCUUCUUUGACGACAUUCUCAUUCCACCAGAGUCACUUCAACAGCCUGCAAAGUUUGAUGAAGCAGAGCAAGUCUGGCUGUGGGAAUACGAGACGGACGAGGGGGCCCACGACCUCUACAUGGACCAAGGAGAGGAGAUCCGUUUUCGAGUGACGGAUGAAAUCUUUGUGGACACGUCGCCGACAGGCCCGUCCACCGCUACGGCAGACACGGCAGCACAACCGGGUCAGUCGACGGCGGCGCCAGCAGAGGAGAGCGUGGAGAAGAAAGAGGCACCGUACACUCUGAUUGGGACCAUCUGCGACCCGGGGCUGGGGCUGCUGUCAUGGUGGAACAGUUAGCACUGCAGAGGACGAGGAGGACAUUUGGUGGUUUCAAACAGAUCAACCAUCGAGACGAGGGACGGUCGGCUGGAGAUGCAGAACCCAGCUGUUUGGGUACAGACGGCAAGACGCAAAGUCGAGCUGCUCUCUGAACCAAGAUGACAUCGGUGUGAAGUGACUGAUCUACUCUCUGUCACACUGAGACUGUGUGGUAAAAACUGCUCUUAACUUACCAGCUUCAUGUUUACAUGUAAAAUUACCCAUAUAUUUAAAAACAGAAUGAUUCAAAGGACAUUUGUGAUCAUUUGGUAUAUUUUACCUGAGAUUCUGACCUCGAAUUCAAAAGAAAUCAAUGUUUAAAUGAUUCAUUAUUUGUAACAAACUGUCAUCACAACUUCAGUGUGAUAGUUGGACAUAUACAAGGCACAAAACUGACUUAAAUGGCUUAAAGUCAACACUGAAUAGCAUUUUUAGGGAUGAAUAAAUGUGGUGCUGUAUGCUGAGACCUUACGAUUCAAAAAGGCUGAGUGGUAUUUUUGUUGGUAGAAAUUAGACCCACAGGACAGCUUAUAACACAUUUAUAUCAAGGUGCAAGCAGAGGUAACAUUACAGCAAUAAAAUAUAUUUUUGUCAGUGCGAGAAAAAGUUUUCAAGCUUAUUUGUUAUUUCUCCCUCACACAUCCUCAGUUUAUUUAACAUCCCUGCAGUCUAUUUCUCUACAG